GUAUGGAACUUUAUUUCCGAAGAAUCAACUGCAACAGCUUAUUACAAACUGAAUAUAAUGGAAAUCAAAGCUCAAAGUCACAAACUUCCCUUUACACCUUAAGAUAUUCGCCAUAAGCGUACAUUUCCAUAGGGAGCGUGCGUAUCCAUCUCAAUUUCGAGGAACAUGGUGGUAAUUUAUCAUCGUAAGCGUAUUAAUUACCAAGACUCGACGCGUAACAACGUGUAAUGCUGCAGCACUAUUCAGCAAAGGUGAAAGCUUCACGAAGCUGGCCUCACGAAACCGUUGUCCCCUUCGAUGGUCGAACAGAGGAAGCCCUUGGACUAUACUUAUUUAACGUCUAAUCGAAUUAGCCCUCUCUUGUUUCCGCGGUUGUCUCUCGUGUGUCAGCCGUCAUUCGUUAGCGAGCAAUGAUCGCGAUAGUUUGCUAGCACGUCUCGAAUCAUCGUUGCUGACGACGUAUCGGGGUCCGUUCGAGGUACGAGCGUAAAGAAAAAACCGAGAUGGAGGUGUUGAUCGACUGUUACUUCGACAAACUGUUCGAGGAGAUGGAUCGCAGUUGCUUGGCCUCUCGGUACAAACGUCGCGAGAUGGUCGACUACUUUUCAGACGUGAUAAACAGCUGCUCGCGAGCUGAGAAUCUAGACAAGCAAGACGUGUGCGAGAGGAUAGUGAUGUCAGCGCUCCGCUACCACAACAUCACGAUGAUGGAGAACGGGCACGUGUGCCUCCUCGGCAAGUUCCACAACGUGCUGUACGUGGCGGCGAAGCUCUGCUUCGACUGGAACCUGAACAACAACGAGAUCGUUUCCAGACUGCUCAACGACAUCUACUACUGCGAGAAGACGUUCGAGCGCAUCCUAGUGGGCGCCAUUUUCGGCACGCGAGUGACUCACUUCCUGUCCGGUUGGAAGAGCGACUUCGAGGACCGCGAGGAGAACCUCCGAGCGCUGCUUUACUUCCUGCAUCACGCGACUCUAGGGAAACUGGAGUAUCGUUGCACGUUCACGCCUGUCAAGAGACGGUUCAUCGACAUCCCCAUGGAAUCCUACGGGCAGGCGUUGCCACUGAGAGUGGCCAUACAACACGGUGCCCCGGAUAUUCUUUUGAUCAUGCUCCGUUACGGGGCCUCGGUCGAGCCGGACAGGCUAGCUCCAUCGCCGCUCGAGAUGCUCCUGAACAAGCUGAGCGAGUACGACGCCCAACCGGGCCAAGAUCGGAUCGUGUAUCCGGAACAGUUGCUCCUCUGUCUGAGGCUCGUGCUGAGGACCGUGUCGAGCGCGUUCUUCAAGACACCGGGGCACAUCGCCGAGCAGAGCGGCGUGUUCAGCGUUUCCAUUUACGAACAGUACCCGACGCUCGUCGAGCAGAAGCUGCUGCCGCCGGAGAGGAGUGGCUUGAGCCCGCCGGAAUUGAGGCAUCUCUGCCGAUGUCGUAUCCGUGAGACCUUGUUCGAGAAUUGGGCGUUGCCGCACGGGAUUCGGGAACUACAGAUCCCCGAGUCGUUGAGGAAUUACCUGGACCUUCUUCGUGAUUGAGGACGCUGCGCGAGCAGGUGCGCGUACACCGUGGGUUCACUGGGUCCAGGCAUUUCGUGAAACUUUACCACGGGGGAAGUCUUGCAUCAUAUUUCGAAAGACUUUGUCCUCUUUUGCAACUGGGAUCUUUUAAAAUUUAACGAUCGUUUCUUAAAACGGUAGACUUCCAAGUUUAUGCUUUGAAAAUAUAUAUUUUGGAAUCAUUCGGAGUGUCUGCGUGUGGGUGUUGAAUAAACGUAACGUAGAAACGUAUCGGACAAACGAAGAAGAAAGUGACUUUUUAGAUGUUUUAAAGGUGGAGCAUCACGUGCCUAUAUUGUAUACCGACAAUAAUACGAUUAAUAAAUUGUACACGCAAACGAGAAUUUCUCUCUUCCCCUUUCAGUUUUCGUAGAUAUAACAACUGUCCAACCUCUCACAAUCUCUGACCGUCUCUGAAAGAAAGAUGUGAGAAAGAAACGUAUUUGCAGAACGAAAUAGGUCACACGAUACAGAUUUACGAGAUCCGCAGUUCGUUUCAAGUUCGAUGAAAUCGAACAGAUACACACCAUCCGAAGUAUGGUUCGAAGAGUUUGACGCGCGAAAUGCACGCGUAACAUGUUGGCUAAAAUGUUUCGAAACUUGUUCGCAACUUUUGAUUCAGUUUCUUCUCACAAUGCGUUUCAACGUUACACGCGUGUCCAACUUUCUGAUCGAACACCGCGGUAACAGGAAUUUUCCAUUCUCGCGAUAUUUCACCACAUUUUCCUGCCAAGAAA